GCUACGAGAGGGGCGUCGAUGUGUUUACGUUUGUCCUUGUUUAAAAAAAAAGGUGUUUAAAAUAGGCUAGGUUAUAGAGAUAUGUAAACGCAUUAUAACUGUAGCCUAACCUAUGGCCAAUGACCAUGGUAGAUAUAUCUGCAGAUAUUCCUAUCGCUGAUUUUAAUCAACCUCAACCAGGGAGAACUGAGAUUGUAGGUAACAACACAUCGGAUGGUUUGGUCAACCCAGGUAGGGGUGUUUUUUCGCAUUGGUUUAGCCUCGACCACCUUUUAUGCGCUUUAGGCUAUGGAGUUUAGACGACUAAUUAGUUGAGAGCUGCUGGUUGGUGACCACUGUGAAGGCGCAGACGUUGGAAUGCAGAAUUAAUCCGAGAUUGGCAGUCAUUCAUGAUAUUCAUUCAUCGUUUCGUUCAGCGAAGACGAUGGUAACGGAAGGAAUGGGUCAGGUGAUGCUGGGGCUCAGAGAGUGACCGAGAUAGAAGUUUACAACCCUGUCAGAGCAAGCUGGACUUGCAUCGGCAACGUAGUCACAAGAAGGAGUUGCUCGAGCCUGUCAUGGACUUAGCAUGUGAUAUUGUGAUCGUUUUUGAUAUGUUGAAUGAAUGGUGAGAUAGCCUACUCAUUGUAGAAAGUCGCGUCUCAAAUAUCUAAAACUAAAUAAUGGUGCCAGGUGCUCCUGCAACAAUGCUUCCUGCCUCGGAGGCUGCCAAGAUCUACCAAACCAACUACGUUAGGAACUCCCGCGCCAUUGGGGUUCUUUGGGCAAUCUUCACCAUCCUCUUCGCCAUAGUCAAUGUGGUGUGUUUCAUACAGCCCUACUGGAUUGGAGACGGUAUAGACACGCCGCAGGCUGGUUACUUCGGUCUGUUCCAUUACUGUAUAGGGAACGGACUGUCCCGGGACCUGACCUGUAAGGGCAGCUUCACCGAGUUCAGCACCAUCCCCUCCGGCGCCUUCAAGGCAGCGUCCUUCUUCAUCGGGAUGUCCAUGGUACUGGUCCUGUCUUGCAUUGGCUGCUUCGCUCUCUUCUUCUUCUGCAGUACUGGGACGGUGUACAAGAUCUGCGGCUGGAUGCAGCUGGCCGCAGGCACAUGUCUGAUCCUGGGCUGUAUGAUCUACCCCGACGGCUGGGACUCUGACGAGGUGAAGCGGAUGUGCGGGGAGCAGACGGACAAGUACACCCUGGGGGCGUGUUCCGUCCGCUGGGCCUACAUCCUGGCCAUCAUGGGCAUCAUGGACGCCCUCAUCCUCUCCUUUCUGGCCUUCGUGCUGGGGAACCGCCAGGACGGCCUGAUGGCAGACGAUCUGCUGGGAGACAAGAGUGGUAAUGCCUAACACAGUGGUACACACGGGUGUUGGAGCCUAUGGGAAGCGUUGAUGUCCUGUUCCAUCUUAAACCAGUCACCCCCUGGAGGAUGGAGGGCUGCCGUUGGGGGAAAGGAAAGAACAUCAAAGAGAGAAAUAGACCCAUUAUGUCAAGAAGGAACUACUCACUCACUGAAUAGUCAAAUGUAAAAUCACAACUAUUCUCAUGUAGGCCUACAUCUAGAUACUGACAUUCCAUCCAAUAACCUUUAUGGGUUAAGAACUUCUUUCUAUAUCACCUGUGACGUCUGUGAUUUUCAACUGUGCCGACAGUUGAUAAUUGUGUCAUAAUUGUGUUAUACUAGUAUUCCGUAGCAGUCAAUUCUGCACAGUCCAGGGGAUUCUUUCCAAGCUACUGGUCAACAUUGUAGCCUUUACUUGGCUGUGAACUAUCAGACUGGACAACACAGGGGUGGGAGCUGUGAAGACUCUACACUGUUUGGCCUUGAGAGCCACCGUACCAUGAUGUCGCCGUACCGUGAGCAGACUGCUGGAAAUCACUACAUACUAAAUGGAAGACAGUGACAGUCACACUGAACACUACUUCAUGGAAGAAAAAUAAAUGUCCACUGUAAAUGAAAAAAUGAAUUGUGAUAGAUUCAGUUAAAAAAUACAGUAUUGAGGAUAGGAAAAUAUAUGAAAUGUGUUAAAUAUAUACUGUAUAUAUUCAGUGUAUUGAAUGUAUUUUGUUUUGACUUUGACCUUUACAGUGUUGAUGCAGUAUUUGAAAGCUACUGGUCUAUUUCAGUGUGUGCCAUACCGCAUUAUCAGCCAGAAUUGUCUUAGUGAAGAGAAAAAAAACACAAAAAAAACAGUCAUUUUCUGUUUAGGCUGUUGCUUCUAUUGCCUGUUCUUAAUUGGACCAAGGAGAAAACGUCCAACACUAUAUAGGACGUAGUUACUGUAUGAGGAGAGCUUAUCUAUGCCAGAUUCAGUAUUGCAGUAUUCAGCCCGUGUCCAGUUGUGGUUGGUACUCACUGUAACGUAACGUAACACAACUCUGUUACAUGUGUGUUACUUGUGUGAUCCAAGUAUAUGUGCCUACUUCUCUUGUCUGAGGGCUUUGUGGCAAAAAUGGACAUCUUUCCAUCCAUGAUGUGGAUUAUUUCUGGAAAUGAUGGGCUUCCUUGGAUCCAGGAUAUGUGUGACUGUAAUGUGUCCACUCAUGCUGGAAGGCUCCCAUUUCUCCGACAGUCACCGUGACCCUUACAUUCACAAACUGAAGUUAUUACUAGUGUAUUCAACGUGGACAUUUUGAUGAACCAUAACAAGACUAACAGCUGUUCCAACCUUUAUAACAUUCAUCCUGUCUACAUGUGUAAAUAUUCCAUGAAAAAAAAUAUAUAGAAAAACACAGAUUAAUAAAUUUGUCUUUAAUCCUGACUGUCAAUUUCUUACUGUGAAACAAUACAUGAAACAAAACAAACCUUUCUUCUAGAUAAAACGAUACCACUACAUACAAUUGGUGCUUGGAAAUACUGGAUUGUCCCAUCUAGUUAGACAGAAACAGGAACAAGUGUGUACUCUGCAAUUGUAAAGAGUCCUUUUAAAUCAUUGACGUUCAUUAAAAUGCAUUCAUAAGCACAGUGUGCAAGAUCAAAGACAAAUUUGAGCCCAUCUGGUCAUCUGAACAACCCUUUGCCAGUUACCCAAUCAGGAUAGGCAAUUAUGCCAGCCAAUGUGCUUUUUGUGGAAAAGCACUGAAAAUUCAACAUGACCAGACAUGUCGUAUCAAAUGAACUGAGGCUGUCUCAUGUCCCUGACGAGCCCUAUGGUGUAAUGAGCCUUUCUCUGAAAGGCUGCAGAUGACCUUUGACCUUUCAGUGUACAUCCGUCACCAGCCUGACAGCAAAGACAGCCCCAGGACCCACCGCUACUUACCCCCUUCCAAAAACGCACACACACGACACCACCAGUGGUAUAAAACUGUCAUUACAGUGAUUUAUUAUAUGAACCAUGAAAAUAGCCAACCAGUGCAGUGUCUGUGAGUCUCUCUCCUCCACACAAACAUACACUCACACAAAGAAUAAAAAAGACAAAGUUGAAUAGUCCAGAAGAAAGAAAACAAAAUAAAAUAGUGCUACUGUCACAGAAACAUUCAGCUUUGCCAAAAGAGCACUCGUAUUUACAACCAUAUUCAAAAAUGGGAUGGGAGCGAAGUGUACAAGCAUAGAAAAGAAAA